CCGGGAACGUCCGCCAUGAGGAGAAGUGAGGUGAUUGCAGAGGAGUCCAUACUAUGUCUCCAAAAGGCCCUGAAUCAUCUUCGGGAAAUAUGGGAAUUAAUUGGGAUUCCUGAGGACCAGCGGUUACAACGAACUGAGGUUGUACAUAAGCACAUCAAGGACCUCCUGGAUAUGAUGAUUGCUGAAGAGGAAAGCCUGAAGGAAAGGCUCAUUAAAAGCAUAGCCAACUGUCAAAAAGAGUUGGCUACCCUGUGCAACGAGUUGCAGGUUGAGCCAUUUCAGGAAGAAGGAGAGCCAACCAUCUUGCAGCUAGAAAAGGAUUUGCGCACUCAGGUAGAACUGAUGCGCAAACAGAAAAAGGAGAGAAAACGUGAACUGAAACUACUUCAAGAACAAGAUCAAGAACUGUGUGAAGUUCUUUGCAUGCCACACUAUGACAUUGACAGUGACUCUGUUCCCAGCUUAGAAGAGCUGAACCAGUUCAGACAACAUGUGGCAACUUUGAGGGAAACAAAGGUAUCUCGGCGUGAGGAGUUUGUCAACAUAAAGAGACAGAUCAUACUGUGUAUGGAAGAAUUAGAACACACCCCAGACACGAGCUUCGAAAGAGAUGUAGUAUGUGAAGAUGAAGAUGCCUUUUGUUUAUCUUUGGAGAAUAUUGCAGCACUGCAAAAGCUGCUACAGCAGCUGGAAAUGCGAAAAUCACAAAACGAAGCAGUGUGUGAGGGGCUGCGUGCUCAGAUCCGGGAGCUCUGGGACAGGUUGCAAAUACCAGAAGAAGAGAGAGAAGCUGUGGCCAUGGUUAUGACUGGGUCGAAGGUCAAGGUUAAGAAAGCGCUGCAGUUAGAAGUGGAUCGUUUGGAAGAACUGAAAAUGCAAAACAUGAAGAAAGUGAUUGAGGCAAUACGACUGGAGCUGGCUAAGUAUUGGGACCAGUGUUUCUACAGCCAGGAGCAGAGACAAGCUUUUGCUGCUUACUAUGAUGAGGACUACACAGAAGGUCUGCUCCAGCUCCAUGACGCUGAGGUUGUGCGGUUAAAAAACUACUAUGAGGUCCACAAAGAACUUUUUGAAGGUGUGCAGAAGUGGGAAGAAAGCUGGAGGCUCUUCUUAGAGUUUGAGAGAAAAGCGUCAGAUCCAAGCCGAUUUACAAAUCGUGGAGGAAAUCUGCUAAAAGAGGAAAAGCAACGAGCCAGGCUCCAGAAAACACUCCCUAAGCUGGAAGAGGAAUUGAAGGCCCAGAUUGAAAUGUGGGAACAGGAACAUUCAAAGGCAUUUGUGGUAAAUGGACAGAAAUUCAUGGAGUAUGUGACUGAACAGUGGGAGAUGCAUCGAUUAGAGAAAGAGCGAGCCAGGCAGGAAAGGCAACUGAAGAACAAGAAGCAGACAGAGACAGAGAUGCUAUAUGGCAGUGCUCCCAGAACACCAAAUAAGCGGCGAGGACUGACACCCACCACACCAGGGAAAGUGCGCAAGCUGAACACUACCAUCAUGUCCAAUGCCACCGCCAACAGCAGCAUUCGGCCUGCCUUUGGAGGGACAGUCUACCGCUCCCCAGUGUCUCGACUUCCACCUUCUGGCAGCAAGCCGGUCCUCACGUCUACCUGUUCAGGGAAAAAAAACCCUCGUGCUGGCCGGCAUGGAGCUGACAAGGAGAACCUGGAGCUCAAUGGCAGUUUGCUGAGCGGUGGGUACCCCAGCUCAGCCCCCCUCCAGCACAACUUCAGCAUUAAUUCUGUUGCCAGCACCUAUUCUGAGUUUGCGAAGGAUCCAUCCCUCUCAGACAGCUCCACUGUUGGGCUUCAGGUCUGUAUGGCAACCCCUGCAUGUCACAUGUCCCUUUUUCAAACCAAUCUGUCGUCUGCUGGCUUCAUUCCCAUCUGGGCACAGAGCUACACUAACCAGUAAUCAUCAGUUGUGCUACCACAGGACCUUUGCAGAGGAAACAAGAAUUGCCAAUACAGAUGGCAUAAGCAAUAACUGGCUUCAGCUCCCAACAUACUAACCUGCCGAUUAACAAGAAAACUCGUUCAGACUUGAAUUGGAUUCUCAGCCCCACCGAAAGUCAGGCAAAGUUUUUGUAUCAUGUUAUUUCACGAGGGAAAACGUUUACCAUCCCCGAUUAUGACAUCAGAGGCCUCCCACAUGCUGGAAAGAAGAGCGGCCCCAUCACCUGGGGAGGGGAGCCCCAGCUGUGUGCUGCUUAUAACGAGGUUCUUGGCCUGCGUGAUGAUUAUGUCCUGGAGUAUAUGCCUUACUAACCCCACUCUGAGCUAGCCAAUGCUCAUUUCCUUGCCUUUGCCUAUUUCUACCACAUUGAGCUGCUAAAGCACAUGAAUGUUCUUCAGCUCCUAGUGCCCUUUACUUAAUGAGAGAAGAUACUCUUCUCUCAGUAUCUUCCUGUUGAGAGGUGAGGCUGCCUUGCCCUUGGGAGAUGCUGAGUUACAGGCGAGGGUGCCCACUCUCUUCUUGCUGCAGGGAUGGAGAAUGGCCCAGUUGUCCAUGGCUAUAGCUCGUUUGAGCAGUGGAAUUAGCUUCAUAUUUGGGUACUUUUUUCAAAUUACAUGACUGGUGGGGUUCUAUUUGCAGAAGGGGGUGCGUGUUGCUUUGGCUAGCUGAUGGCUGGACCGAGGGUCCAGGUGUUUUUUGGCUUGCUCAGUCCAGCCCUGUUUCAUCCACUUGGAGCUUAACUGUAUCUGCCUACCUAUGGUUAAGCCUAAGGAGGUUCCUAUGGUUUUGGUUACUGUGGGUGGCAAACUCCACCAGGCAGCACUGAAGCCAGUAGACUGACCUCUACUAACGUCUGUCUUUCUCGUGGUCAUCCAUGCUUUAUCUUCUCUGUACCAUGUGCUCCAGCAUGAGAUCAAAUCACCAGCAGGUUACAAGUCCCUCAGCCCCAGGGAUUGGUAGAUAUAUGGUCUGGCCCAUUGUUUUAUAAAGGACUCAAACACCAAAGCUUGUUGCCUACCCAGCUUGUGAAGUAUAAGGAAUUUCUCUUCUGGCUGAGGGAAAGGGUCACAUGCUUAAUCUGCCACUAAUAGAAUGGUGCUCAGAGUGCCUCACCAUCUGCUCCUAACACAGCCUGUGCUGUACACCUGUGUCUGGGAAACAGCCCUCGUGAGGCCUUAUGCUGACACUUAACCCAUGCUUUCAGGGGUGGGCAUGCAUGAGGGGAUGUUGUCACUAA